AUGGGCUCAAAUACCUACAGGGCUGUCCGAGCCAAACAAACCCCAAGUACAAUCACAGUGUACCAAGCCUAUUCCCCCGAGAUAGCUGAGCCAGCAAUCAAAGCCCAAACAUUCGUUCCUCCAUUUUCACGAGCCAGAAUGACAUGGAUCAAACCCUCUUUUCUAUGGAUGGCGUACCGAUCAGGCUGGGCGACGAAAGCCCGACAAGAACGUAUUUUGGCGAUAGAGAUUACCCGCGAGGGAUUCGAGUGGGCAUUGCGUCAUUCCUGCUUGAGUCACUACACGCCUGACGAGAAGGUAAGCCAGGAGGAGUGGCGGAGGAAGAUGCGUGCCAGUCCAGUGCGCGUUCAAUGGGAUCCCGAGCGGGAUAUUUCACUUCGGUCUUUGGAUUAUCGCAGUAUUCAGAUUGGGUUGAGUGGGGAGGCUGUUGGAAAAUAUCUUGAUAAGUGGAUUGUUUCGGUUACUGAUGUCACUGCUACUAUGAGGCAGAUUGAUGAAUAUCUUCAGAAUGGGGAUAUCGAUGCGGCCAGAGCUUGUUUGCCUAGAGAGACUCCGUUCGCUUUACCUGAAGAUUUGCACAAACCUCUGAGGAUGGAAUAA